CGGCUGUGGCAAUUCGUAUCUGCCGUUUGAUAUGUACAAUGACGGGUACCGGUCGCUCGAUAACAUGGAUUUCAGUACUACAGUUAUUAGCAAAAUGCAAGCCAAAACCGUGCAAAUCUACGGAAUAGAGUCGCCAGCAGUCGCAGCGAUUCGGUGGUCAGUUCAGGACGCAUUAAACAUGGAAAAUGUCAGGGAGGGCUCGUGGGACGCGGUCAUUGACAAGAGCACAUCAGACUGUAUUGCGUGCAUGGAUGCAGAUGGGAAGUUGUUAGAAAGGCUCUCAAAGCAGGUACAUAGAGUCUACUCGUCAAUGCGUAACGAGGAUAUUGGUGUAAAGGGAAAUAAUGGCCAGGCGCUCUGGGAUAUCAAGAGAGUCGAGAUUGAGACGGAGUCCCUUACAGAAACUGUGGAUGGGUCGGGUGUUGUUGCUGCAGCACCAACGAUAUACCAUUAUGUAUACAUUUGUACUAAGCGGUAGAAGUUUGCUAGAUGGGAAUCAUGGCCAAU